UUAACUGGGAAUUGUAUUUCAUUUUUAUAGAUACACCAAAUAUAAUACGAUUACAUUAACGUAAAGUGCAUUCACAACACAUACGGCACUUAUAGGUUUGGUUUUGCUUCUGAAGACCUGAAAUUGCAUUGUUUUCGGUAUAAAAUUGGAUGAAAAACAGGAGACUUAAUGGAAGUGAGAAUAUUGUCAACGGACGAAGACCAUCAGGUAUUCGGUGACGAUUACUGUACCGGUUAUGUCGACCAAUACAACAAGUGGAACACCGGCUUCUCCUGUCCCACAAAGUCCAACGAAGAGGCCGUCUAUUGUUGCGGAACUCCGACCUAUAAGUACUGUUGCACGAGAAGGAGUCAAUCCGUUACCACACAUUCAACACACGCCACGAGGACUCAACUCGAUCCUCGCAUACUAUUGAAGAUCAUUGGCCUGACGUGUAUAGUAUCGGUGUUCCUAACAAUCCUCACGUGUUAUGUCUGCAAAAGGUAUUGGAAACGAAGCGACAGCCGAGACAAUCACGUCUAUCGGGUUUCGUGUAACACAACGGCGUCGCCGCACGUCUAUCCGCUGGAAUCGUUUCAACCGUUGAAUCCAAAUGCCUUCUUCAAGUCGCCCGAUCACGUGGCCAGUGCUCUGUGCGGCGACCUCUCCAUGUUUGCCACCGGCGCUCACCCGCAGGCAACACAUCUGCGAGCGGUCAUAGCCUCGUCGCGGGCCAACCCGUCGGCCAGUCUCUGCUCAUAUCAACACAACAACAGUCACUCACUGUUGCGACAGCAGAGAAAUCACGAGCCGCCGCCUCCCUAUCAGUUGAGUGUCAUAUCUGGCACUUCUUCGACCACAACUGCCAGCACUGCCAGCGCCAGCACAGCGUGUGUUAGUAGUGGCGGAACCAGUGGUAGUGGCGGUCCUAUCAAUGCGAUUACGAAUGGCGUUAAUACUAGUAAUGAGACGACAAGAGGCGAACCGAAUGGUGUUUUGUCUGAUUCUGAAUGUAAUUCUAUUGUCGAGGCGUCUAAUACUGAGGUAAAGAUACCAUUAUCUUCGCAUAAUAGCCGUCGACCACAACAAAGUAGCUCUUCUUUUCAUAUUCAUCCAAACCAUCAACAAAUAGAUCACACACUGAGGCGAAUGUCUCAAUGAUACUCGUUUUGCCCCAAAAUAUGAGUUAUAUAUUGUUAUAUUCACAUAAAUAUAUCUUUAUAUCAUUACCACCGAAAACCUAAACUAACAUAUUAUCUAUAUUUUAAUGAUUAGUCUCCACUUUAUGUUCAGUUUAACUAAUUGUUAGAAAUAUAAUAUAAUUAUAGCUAUUAUUAUGAUUGCUAUUAUUAUUGAUGAAAGGCAUGCGGAGAUGAGCUAAGAGUCCAUUAUCUUUAUAAUUAUAAUUGAAUUUUAUAUAACAAAUGAAAAUAUAUUUGCAGAAAGUAUUAAACAAAAAACAACAAAAAAUAUAUAAU